AUGAAUUUUCAAAUUCGAUACAUUAAUUCAAUUAAAAUUGAUGAAUCUUUUUUGCCGGAAAAACCAACUUGGUCAGUUCGUUCUCUUUUACCAUCCACUUCCAGUAAACCGAUAAUUACACAAGAAGAAUACAAAUCACUACUAAAUUUAUCAAAUUUACAUUCGACUUCUUUAGAAGAUUCACAAUUGAUUCAAGAUAUUAACAUACUUUGUUAUUUUGUUAAACACAUUCAAGAAGUUGACGUUAGUGAUAUCGAACCUAUUAGAAAUCUUUGGGCUGAUGGUGUUAAUUUAAGUUUGAGUGAAGAGAAAGAGGAAGAGAAUAAUAAACAAGUGAACAAUAAAAAUCAAGGAAGAGAAUUGUUGAGACGUGCAAGUUUAUUACAUCAUGAAUUUUAUGUCGUGAAUAAAGCUGAAAAUUAA